UCUAUUAAAUAUAAUGCCUGUGACGAAGGCAGAGGCCCACAGGGCCUUGGAACUGCUGGAGGAUUAUUACACCAGGUUGUCUGAGGAAGAUGAAAAGCAGCUGAGAGCAGCGAUAGAACGAGUUAUUCGAAUAUUUAAAUCAAGAUUAUUUCAGUCUUUGCUGGAUAUCCAAGAAUUCUACGAACUAACCCUCAUGGAUGAAUCAAAGUCGAUCAAUACAAAAACUUCUGAAGCUUUGCAAAUGGCGUCACGGUGGGAGGUGGCUGGGCCCCCCGGUCAAUCUAAAGGUCUUGAACUGGGUCAGGACAUCUCUCUUCCAGAUCAACAACGCGACGAAAUGCUGCGUCAAUUGGCUCAUAUUGCAAACGAAGCAGUUCCUGCGUCACGGAGUUUAUCAAGACGUGAACCUGUUCUUGCGCCGCUACCUGUAUCCGCCCCCGUUCCUGUUCCUCCCCCUGCCAGUGUUCCAAGAUCAGUAUCUGCUGCUGGGAUAGAAAACUGGGAGUACGACGAUAUAAGUUUGGAACGUGGUGGGGCCGGGCUUGGAUUUUCCAUCGCCGGUGGAACCGAUAACCCUCAUGUUCCGAACGACAAUUCUAUAUUCAUAACUAAAAUUAUUGAUGGGGGUGCUGCAGCUCACGACGGCCGCCUCAGAGUCAACGAUAUCAUUACCCAUGUCAACGGCGUGUGCGUCAUCGAGGUUCCCCAUACAGCGGCGGUUGACGCCCUAAAAAGGGCAGGAAACAGUGUUCACCUAACCGUGAAAAGAAAAAGGCAGACCAACGGGACCAGUGGGGAUUUUAUAAAUGUAGAACUUAUGAAAGGUUCCAAAGGACUGGGAUUCACCAUUGCGGGAGGAAUUAACAAUCAGCAUAUUCCCGGGGACAACGGCAUUUAUGUGACCAAGGUUAUGGAGGGUGGGGCAGCAUUUAACGACGGACGGAUUGCUGUUGGAGACCGGCUGGUUGCUGUGAAGAACCUGCCGACCGGAGACUUUUACCUGGAGGACUGUUCUCAUGAGGAGGCAGUGAAGGCCCUGAAGGCAAGUAAGGAGAAAGUGUACUUAGUCAUCAGCAAGGUAGACAACCACUACCCCUUCGAGGUGUCCCCAAGCCCAACCUUUACUCAGAUGGACCCCUACAAACCUCAGUAUAAGGUCCCUAGAUCUGUAUCAGAAGAGGAGCUUAUUCGUGCUCCCCGAACGGUUUCUCUGGUCAAGGGACCGGCGGGUUUAGGGUUUAAUAUCGUCGGUGGGGAGGACGGUGAAGGAAUCUUUAUAUCUUUUAUAUUGGCGGGUGGACCCGCCGAUGUGUCUGGGCAAGUAAAGCGUGGGGAUCAGAUUUGCAGCGUGAACGGUAUUGACCUGAGUAACGCGACCCAUGAGGCGGCAGCACAGGCCCUAAAAGGAGCUGGUAACACUGUACAUAUGAAGUUGCAGUACAAACCUGACGAUUACAACAAGUUUGAGGCAAAGAUUCACAGUCUUAAGAAGCAAAUAAUCAGCGGCAGUAUGCUUAGAAUGUCAGAGAAGAAAUCCUUGUAUGUUAGAUCUCUGUUCGAUUAUGAUCCAACAAAAGACGAAGGAAUACCAAGCCGAGGAUUAGGAUUCAAGUUUGGAGAUAUCCUCCACGUGACUAAUGCUAGCGAUGAAGACUGGUGGCAGGCGCGCCGGGUACUUCCCCAGGGAGACGAGGGAGAGAUGGGACUUGUACCGUCACGGACAAGAUGGGAGAAAAAGAUGAGAUCUAGGCACAGAUCUGUCGGCUGGAGAAGCCAGACGGACGACCGGAAAAAAUACUCUAGUCUCGGACGAAAACUUCCCUUUAUGAAGAGCCGGGACGAAAUGUCGAGCGAGACCGAUGCAACCGGAAAUGACGGGGAGAGCCUGCACAGCAAGGACGAGGAGUUCGUCCCGACCUACGAGAUGGUUCAGCAGGUCCAGAUCGAGUAUACUAGACCCGUUAUCGUCCUCGGACCCUUAAAGGACAGAAUCAACGAUGAUCUGAUCUCCGAGUAUCCGGAGUCAUUCGGAUCCUGUGUUCCUCACACCACACGCCCUAGGCGUGAAUAUGAAGUAGAUUCCAGAGAUUACCACUUCGUUGCCUCCAGAGAGGCUAUGGAGGCCGACAUUCAAAACCACAAAUUUAUCGAGGCCGGACAAUAUAACGACAACCUAUACGGAACGAGUAUCGCGAGUGUGAAAGCAGUCGCGGAGAAGGGGAAGCACUGCAUCCUCGACGUUUCCGGGAAUGCAAUUAAGCGACUGCAGGCUGCGCGGAUAUAUCCCAUCGCGAUUUUUGUAAAACCUCGUGAUGUCAACUUCAUCAUUUCGGUGAACAAGAAGCUUAGCGAGGAGCAAGCGAAGAAAAGUUUCGACCGAGCUUGUCGACUAGAAAACGAAUUUAUUGAAUACUUUACCGCCAUGGUUGAGGGGGAAACCAUUGACGGGAUUUACGAAAAAGUUAAACAAGUUAUUGUCGAGAAUUCAGCCAAAAACAUCUGGGUUCCGUCAAACGAGAAUUUUUAAAAAAAAACUUCUUUUGUUUAGGUGUACAUAUAUUAUAUAUUAGAUGGGAUCAUUCUUUCAAUGUUGUCUUAAACUAAAAUUCUUUCUAUCAAAUAUUCUUUGACGAGUUCAUAGUUGGAUAUAAGCUGCCACAUUAUUUCUUCCAAGUCUUAUUUAUCCUUAAAUCAUGAAUCUAUAGUUUCAGGGAAUAGUUGAAUCUCUUCGAAACCUUUUGUAAAAAUGUUUACAUGUAUUCACAGUUAGAUGCCAAUAUAAAGUAGAAUAUA